CUCAAUUUCCCAAUUUUGGCACAUUCAACUAAAAUAAUAAAGGGUUUAGGUAGAAAAAUGGCAACGGAUCUAGACAAAAUAUUCGAAUAAUAUAGUACCCAAAAAUGGCAUUGGAUCCAUUUCUUGAUUUCCCCAAUUUUGGCACAUGAUUUCUGGCAGAACUCGGUCAGCGGGUUUGUGGCAGUCAAAAAUUCAACAGUACUGCUUUAUUGCUUAAUUUUAUUUAUGGAGCAUCCAACGUUGGCGAAUUAAUGCAUGAAAAUCCUUAAUUAUACGUGAUUGAUAAAAUAAAUAAUUAUUAACGAAAGAACAAACAGAAAUAUGGUUCAGUGUAGCGUUGACCCGCAAUCCGAUGACUGAUCAGUGGGUAAAGUGGACUCAAUUAGCUAAGCUAGAAGUAGGGAUGACAACAAAACCCGAACCCACGUGUACUCAUCCGACCCAAUCCGGUCAACGGGGGUAAAAUUCGUGUUGACGGGUUUUGGGCCGGGUUUGGGUUUAAACAUGUUCCAUAUUCACUGGGUUGGGUUUGGAUUUAGGUAAACCCGACCUAUGGGCACCCGCCCACACCCAUAUAAUUAAUAUUCUAGGCAUUUGAAUAUUCUAAACAACUAAUCUUAUUUAUGUUGUGGAGACAUAUCUAAUUUUUUCUUUCUAAUUGUGUAGAAUGAAGUUGAUGUUAUCGAGUGGAGAGUGAAGAAACUUAAAUGAAAGGAAGAAGCUUUCAAUUAAUCAUGUUAUUUAUGAAUAAUUUGUUAUUUGCUUCUGUUGGGCAUGUGACUCGGAUCGCACCCAACGGCAGAAGCACUAAGGAGUCGCGCCAAGGUUAAGCGCGCGAGUCAAGCGUGCGAGUCACGCCGGAAUCAAGCGUCCUGGCCAAAGCCACCUCUGAAGAGGCGCGCGCAAAACACUGAACGACAAUGCUUGGGACAGGCGUGGGCCCUGGUCGAGGAGUUGUAGAAGCGGCGCCGCGUCACCCGUCGGGCAGUCACUAUCACAGUCCUAGGUAUAGUCCUGCUAUGUCAGUAGUCACAUCAGGGUCCUAAAAGCAUGGCCUAGGUCCCUGUCAUGUCAGUGGUCACAUCAUUGUGCCCACUUGUAACCCAACCACUCACCCACCAGCAUGUAGCCUAUAAAUAUGGCAUUUACUCCGGUGGGUGAGGGGAUCGAUUUUUCGGACUCUAUCUCUAAAAUCAUUAACUUCUCUCUCUAAAAGAUUUCUCUCUCAAUCCUUCCUGUAAUCUCCUCAGUUCUUCUAUCGACGAUUAAUCCCUCAUUGCUUACUCUCCUUGACCCAUUUCCCCGAGUCUCCCUCCUACACCCAGUUAGGCUCAAACAAGUGGCGCCCACCGUGGGGCCAAGCAGAGAAGCAAAGAAAAUCAAUCUAUGGCAGAACAUAACUCCAACUCGCCUGACGACUCAACCCCGAUCAAGGCGAUGACCAACCCAAGGGAAUUCGCAGAAGCCAGCAAUCUCAACGCGGUGCUCUUGGAAGAGGAAGAGCCCGAGCUCACAGCCAGAGAAAUGAGACAGCUGGUGGCAAAGCAGAACGACGUCAUAGCUAACAUGCAAAAACAAAUGAGCCAGGUCAUGGCGCUCAUGAUGAGCAGAGAAGCCGCGGCAACAGCUGGCGUGACACCAUCCAUAUCUAAAAUCAUUAACUUCUCUCUCUAAAAGAUUUCUCUCUCAAUCCUUCCUGUAAUCUCCUCAGUUCUUCUAUCGACGAUUAAUCCCUCAUUGCUUACUCUCCUUGACCCAUUUCCCCGAGUCUCCCUCCUACACCCAGUUAGGCUCAAACAGCUUCCAUUUUCUUGAGUUUUCUAGAUUAGUGUUGAGUAAUCUGUAUAGUUAAUUUGUGAUUUGAUUGAAUUUUCUAGAAUGAUGUUUUAAAUAUGGAUAAAUUAUAUUGAGAGAUUGAUAUUUGACUUUAAUUUUGAUAUGAACUUGUUAUUGUAAAUUUUUUACGACAAAAAUCCGUGGGUACCCAUGAACCCGCGGAUACCCAGCGGGUUGGGUUUGAGUUUUUCAAACUCAGUGGGUUUUACCCCGGGAUUUUUCACGGAUAAACCCAUGGGUUAGGUCUUCAUCUUAGUAUAGGUAAUACGCCUAGCAGCUUCCUCAUUAAGCCCAUAAACCAUAGUAAUCUGA